AUGGAUAUUUUACGUCAAAACGUCAAUACAACCUGGGACACCGCCUUCCUUAUGGGUUACAUAUUACCGCUGGUGGCUUAUAUAAAAAUACCCGAGGUGAUUUGGUUUAUAUCGGAACGCUUGAAUGGGGAACACCAUGAGAAUUUGGAGAACUUCAUGCUAACACUGCAUGCGAGAACAUUUGUACCCCAAAAGGUGCUGACCAAUACCCUGAGCGAUCGCAUUAUGCAAACGGACAGUAAAAGGAAUUAUUUGGGCGUUGUCCUUACCACCUCUGCCGAUGAUCCCAUUUUGGAUGUACAUAAUUUGGUGCUGAAGGGACGUCAUGGAUAUUUGAAUUUUGUGGUCAUUGUCGACAGAAUUGAUGACUUUCGCAUUGCGGAGGAGACUCUCUAUGUGCUGGAGAGGAAUAACUUUGAACUUAGCUUACUCUAUGUUGGCUAUAGGAAUGGAUCAUCGGAUUUAUAUGGCAUCACCAGUUUUCCUGAGAUACACAUUGCUAAGCGUACGAAUUUUUUUAGCAGCUUCAGUAGCACCAUGAGUAAGGUGUCCAGUGGUGGCUGGGAUGCCUAUGGCUAUAAAUAUAAGACUCCAUUGCGCCAGGAUGUCCCCUAUGUUUUCAGUUCCCAUGAUGGCCAGGGUAAUGUGGUGCAGCGUGGCAUAUCCUUUAGUAUAUUGAAUGUCUUCUUGGAAUAUGUCAAUGCCUCCAUGGAGGUCUACGAAAUGCCCAAGGACCCGUUGGGAGGAGAUGUCAUCGAUAUGCGUGCAGCUUUAAAUUUGAUACGAAAUGGUGAGGUUAUUAUCCUGAGUCAUGCCUAUGCCCUGUUUAGCACCGAUGAUAAUCUGGAUAUCAGCUAUCCCAUAAUGGUGGUGCGCUGGUGCAUUAUGGUGCCGCAAUGGAAUCGGGAAUCAACAUUUUACUAUGCCCUCAAACCCUUUACAAAUGCCAUAUGGUAUGCCGUGUUGGGCACCUUUGUCAUACUCUGCAUCAUCGAUGGCCUUUGGAUAUAUGUCCAGUCGCUGGGAAAGCGCACGGUCGUCAAAAGGAAUGUCCUCAUAUGGCUUAUACGAGACAGUGUGCUGGAGAAUUUUUGUUUCAUCAUCAACAUAGCGGCCAGUCGAACUAUAAGAAAUCCCUCCAUAAUGAGGUUUCUCUUCUAUGCUGCGGUGUGGUUCCAUGGUUUCUUUUUGACUGCCAACUAUACCUCGCUGCUGGGCAGUAUUCUCACCGUGACCAUAUUUCGUGGACAAAUCAAUACCAUGGAAGACUUGAUAAGGGCAAACAUCUCCGUGAUGAUAAUCGACUAUGAAUAUGAUUUCCUAAUGUCCGGAGGUUUGAAUUUAAGCCAAGAUUUCCUGCGGCUCAUCAGGCAGGUGGACAGUGCCACCUUUGCCCAACACCAGCUGAGGCUAAACAAAAGCUAUGCCUAUUUUGUCACCGAUGAUGUUUGGAAUUUUCUGGCCAUGCAACAGGGCCAUCUGAAGCAGGGUCUCUUCAAAUUGACGGAUAUUUGUUUUGGUUCGUUUUAUUUGGGUUUCCCCAUGGAACCGGAUACACCCGUGAAACGUUCUAUGGAGUAUUUUAUACGCAACAUGUAUUCGUCGGGUCUGCUGGAGUACUUUGAGAACAAUGCCUUCGAUCAUGCUUUGCAGGCAGGUUUGGUGCAACAUUUCAAUACCGACAAGGAGUAUACUUCGGCCCACAUGGAACAUGUUAUGAUUGUUUUUGUGGUUUUGUUUGCUGUCUAUAUUGUCAGUGUGUUGACGUUUUUCAUGGAAUGUGGUUAUGCCUGGUUAAAGGGCAAGCGGGGAAAAUAA